GACAUCGACAAUAAUGUAAUUAUAGCUCUGAUUAUUAAUAUAGCUGAGCUCAUGUUAUGCCAUUGACAAAGCUGAGCAUUCGAAGGUUCUGGGGAUUUUUGGCUUUCAAACGCUGGCAGACGAUCGCCCAGAAAUACAAAACAUCAGAGGAGUUGCUCAGAUUAGAGAAAAAGUUGAGAAAACUGUGGAAGAGAGUACAAGAAAGCUAAAAGAUCUGCGUAAUAACUACAUCGUCAAAGUGCUGGCCAUUACCGAUUUCAGCCCGACGCACAACGCCAUUUAUUCAGAGAACACAGAAAGAGGGAAUCUCUUACAGUUGGUGCUAUCCAAACAAUGCAACUCUAUUGAUCUUGUCAGAUUCUUGGUGCAGAUCCUCUAUGGACUGGAGUUCUUGCAUGACAGUAAUAUCUUGCAUUGUGACAUCAGAGCAGAAAAUGUGAUGGUAUUCUACGAUGAACGUCAAGGAUUAAGUGUCAAAAUUGGCCGUCUUGGAAGAUCAAAAUAUCUCCGAACAUCACCCAUUGAGUUUCAAAUGCCAGAAGAUGCAAUUACCAGGAGAUCUCCAGAGACAAUAAAGAACAAAACCUACUCCAUCAGCAGCGAUGUUUGGUCAUUUUGUCUUUUAUGCUAUGAGUUGUAUGRAGCUUAUGACAAUCGAGACCAACCUUGUCAACCUAUCGAUUGUGAGCCAAUCAAGUGCGAAAAAGAGAACAUUCUCGCUUAUCUUGAAAGCAACAACCGUCCAGAGAAACCACAAAGCAUGCCGGACUGGUUAUACAUUGCAGUAAAGCAAGGCUUACUUUGCAAACCAGAGGAAAGGCCCCCUCCAAUUCUCUUGCGCGACUGCUUGACAUUUCGCAAACCGUUUGAGUCUUGUUUGCUAUCUCGAUGGAAAAAGUAUCAUCCAGAUUUGAUAGUCGAACAUAACAUCGAUGUCGAAGUUGAACAGCCAUCAAUCCCUGAGUGCGAACACGUGAUUCCGCCUAGCGAACACAUCCCUUUCGAUGAAUUACAGCAGAUGUCCUCAGUAGCUGUCUUCAURAAKCACUCUUACAAAUACGCACCARGAAAUGAACUAGCUGAUGUUGAUGAUAAUGAAGAAUUAUAUGAAGACAUAAGUUUACCUGCGUACGUCAAUAUUGGAAGGGACAUCGGAGAGAGAAGAGUGCGCGACGUCACUUACGAUGACGUCGUGAGGCAACAACUACCUUCCAGCCAGGCUACCCGGCCUCCUUCUACUCCACCUCCCAAGGAAGUAGGAAAACCACCUCCUCGACCACUGAAGUCAGACCAUUGCCAAGCCUUUCAAAUUAGACGUCCAGCCCCAUACCCACGCCGCUCACCAUUGCAAACCCUGCCAAGUAAUGAAAACCGACAUCAGUCGAUAAACGAUGAGGUAUUGUAUGAAAAUAUCCCCUUUGCUUACGACAUGGCAAGAGAAAUGGCAGGCCAACACGAUGACGCGGAAGAACGAUCCUGGCCCUCAUGAAAGAGCUCAACACCGUCCCCAAGGCCAUCUCGGCCACCCACUUUUCAAGAUGGCGGUGUUCGGGGAGAUGACCCUGACAUUGGCUGAAUGAAAAACACUGGAUAAAAACCAUUUACGACUGAAAUUCUUUAUUGACCCUUCCGAAAUUUCAAAAAGGGACUGAAUGACAUCAAGUCACAAGCUCGAUGACGUUUCACGAAAUCAAUAGAGCUAAAAUUACUAUAGCUGCAGAGUUUCGAGUUUCGGGGGAUUCAGAUAAAAGAAUUCUACUGUGGCAAGAAUUUAAAAUUCGAAAAAAUACCAAAGAAUGUAUGGAGAUAUUGAGCACUGUCCCCAAAUUUAUAACAUAAAAAUUAGGUAAAAUUUGUGUCCUGGUUUGAGAGGUUUUCUCCUUUUCUAGAUGUUUUUUGUUAGUUGUAAUCAUCGUAUUUUUGUAGUCUUAUAAAGCUUUGCUUUUUUUGUUAAAUUUAUUAAAAAGCCUGAAAAAUUCUGAAAAAUACCGUCUGAAUACCAUUUAGAAAAGAAAAGAACUUCUGGAACCAGGGUAGAGAAUUUGGUACUGUGGCAUGGCAAGGUUCAGUUUUCAAUAAGUGUUCCAUUUUCAUACUUGUUCCCAGGCCCCCUUUCAAUUUUGAAAAGGCCUAUAGACCUCAUAUAUGCACAUGCAAUGCAUUAUACGAUAUGUUUGAGAUAAAACAUAGCAGGUUUCUUUUGUUUUCUCCAGAAACUGAUCCCACAAUGCAUUACAAAUCUAGUUGACGUAAAACUUUGUCAAUCGUCCAUCUAACCUGCUUUAGCAUGAGUAGACCUUUCAAUCAGUCAGUAUACAUAUAUAUAAUAAUCUAUCUUAUUCUACAGCCUUUUGCACAAAUUAUGAGACAUUUUUAUAUAUAUAAAUAUACCUAACCAAAUAUCAAAAACACCCAAGAAAUUAUGGGAUACCGUCG